AGGAGCCAUCCAUUUCCAUUUCCAUUUCCAUUUUCCAUUUCUUUCGAGAAGAAGAAGAAGAAGCAAACAAGAUGAUGAGGAACCAAAAGAGCCGUGCUCACGAGUGCAAGGUCGACCACAUCGACCUUAUCCCCGGGAUGCCGGACGACGUCGCCGUCGACUGCCUCGCGCGCGUCCCGCACCGCUCCUUCCGCUCCAUGCGGGGCGUCUGCCGCGGCUGGAGGGGCGCCGCCGCCGCGCCGGAGUUCGCCCUCGCGCGCGCCGACGCCGGCGCCAACGAGGAUCUCGUCUUCCUCCUGCAGUUCGGCAUCCCGACGGACGGCAACCCCGCCGUCGCCGGAGACGCGCCGGCGAGCACCCAGGCGUACGGGGUCUCGGUCUACAACGUCACCACGGGCGAGUGGCGCCGCGAGCGCGCGGCGCCGCCGGUGCCGAUGUUCGCGCAGUGCGCGGCGGUGGGGAGCCGCCUGGCCGUGCUGGGCGGGUGGGACACCAAGACCUUCGAGCCCGUGGCGGACGUCCACGUGCUGGACGCCACCACCGGCGUGUGGCGCCGCGGCGCGCCGAUGCGGUCCGCGCGGUCCUUCUUCGCGUGCGCCGAGGCGGGCGGCAAGAUCUACGUCGCGGGGGGCCACGACAAGCUGAAGAACGCGCUCAAGACGGCGGAGGCGUACGACGCGGGGGCGGACGCCUGGGACCCGCUCCCGGACAUGUCGGAGGAGCGCGACGAGUGCGACGGCAUGGCCACCGUCGCCGGCGACCGGUUCCUCGCCGUCAGCGGGUACCGCACGGGCCGGCAGGGCGGGUUCGAGCGCGACGCGGAGUGGUUCGACCCGGCCGCCCGCGUGUGGCGCCGCCUGGAGCGCGUGCGCGCGCCCCCCUCGGCGGCGCACGUGGUGGUGCGCGGCCGCGUCUGGUGCAUCGAGGGCACCGCCAUGAUGGAGUACCGCGGGGAGCGCCGCGAGUGGCGCGAGGUCGGCCCGUCCCCGCCGGGACUCAAGGCCGGCACGGCGCGCGCGGUCGCCGUCGGCGGCGGGGAGCGCGUGGUGGUCACCGGGGCAAUCAGUUCUGGCGGGCACGCGCUGUGGGUGUUCGACGUCAAGACCAAGAUCUGGACCGUGGUGUGCCCUCCGCCGGAGUUCGCCGGCUUCGUCUUCUCGGUGGGAUCUGUGCGGGUGUGAUGGUUCUUGGUAGCUGCCGUGGUUGGCCGUCCCCACUCCCUUGGUAGGAGGAGAUUAAGUAGAUUAGAUUGGUAUGCCUGCAGCCUGCUACCCAUGGAUUCCGAUGGAGGACCAUCCUGUACGGGAGAUGAGCGCAAGGCAAGAUGCAAUUGGAGAGGGCAGAUUGUAGUUGGCUCUGUUCAUCAGUUUCUGUAAUUCUGUUACUACUGAACUGAAUUACUCUUGUUGGUCAA